AGGCGGUCACACUGGCUCCAAACCGGCAAAAAAACAAUCAAGAUUGUAAAUUGUUUAAAUAACUGAAAAAGAUGAAGGAAAAGGACCUGAAGCGUGCUUAUAACAAUGUGAUGGCACAGACUAUAUCCGUCUCUCACCAGCACCUAUUCGCGGGUAACAUGUUCGGAGAUAUCUUCGCACUCAGGAUAAAUGAGUUGGACAAGGGCUCCGAGGAACCGCCCGGGAAGCUGAAGAUCUUCCCACAGGGACCUGGUAUCGAAAUUAACUGCCUGGCCUUCCAUCGUGACUUCCUGAUUGUGGGUGCAGUGGGCCUGAUCUACGGUUUGCCAUGGAACGAGGAGACGGAAACUCUGGCCAUAAAGCGUUCCUGGGAGGUAAAGAUACCCAUGCAGGUGGAUGCCGUGGAGGUGCCCGAUGUGAACUCGAUGUGGCUGAAUGCAGAUAAUGACACCCUAUUCGCUGGCUGCGGCGACGGCAUCAUCUAUCAGGUGAGCCUCGAAGAUGGACGCAUUCAGCGGGAGUUCCGGGGCCACACAGAUUACAUUCACAGUGUGGUGGGCAACGCCAACGGCCAGAUCUUCUCGGGAGCCGAGGAUGGCACUGUGCGCGUGUGGUCUACCACGAAGCAGGAACAAACCGCUUUGCUGGAGCCGUACAAGAACUCCCAGCUGAUCCGCCCGGACUGGGGCAGGUGGAUAGGAGCUGUGGCUAUUAACGAAGACUGGCUGCUCUGUGGUGGUGGUCCUAGGCCAUCCAUUUUCCACCUGCGCUCCUUGGAGUGUACUCGAGUAUUCGACUUCCCAGGGCGAGUGCAUCUAUGCGAGUUUGUCGACGAUUGCGUCCUUGUCGGCGGAGAGUACAACCAUGUGCAGUCGUACACGCUGAACGGAGACCUGCAAGCCAAUAUUCCCGUGGAGCAUACAGCGUGCUACUCGGCAGUGUGGCGAACGGCUCCCACCAACCUUAUGUCCAUUGCUGGUUUCAGUAACAAGCUCCACAUCCUGAAGGACUUCCGCUUUCUGGACAGCAAGGUCGAACUGUACGGCAAUGUGCAGGGAGAGGAUGACAAGGGGAGGACGAGGAUGAGGAACUGAUUGAUGAGUCUAUGAUAGGUGAAGCAUCCUGAAGGUUGAAUAAAUCUCCAAUUUGAUACAGUUAUUAUUUUU